GUAUAAAUCCUUGAAUCGUCGGCGAGGUAUGGACAACGAAGUGCUCGACUUCGAUAUUGGCGUAGGAGUUAGUAGUGGGGGAGAUGUAGAUGACGACGCAAUUGAUAUUGAGCAUCAUGAUGCCAUGGACGAGGAUGAUAUGCUCGACAGCCCUAUGCCAGCGGCUCUGCAAGAGGCUGCCAAGACUGUGUCCUCAGCAAUGAAAAAUGAAGUUAGGAGAAGUAUGGCUAACGGGCAUCUUAAAGAGAGUUCUGUAACUGAUGGUAAACGCAUAUGCUGCAAUGAGGAAUGUCAGCAAGAAGUGCCGGCGCAACCCGAGCCCGAGGACGAGAUGGACAAGAAGAUUCAUCAGCUCAGAAACGAGCUGGAAUUAGCAAACAGGAAAUGUGAAGCUUACAGGACUAACCUACUUUCAGUCUUGAAAGAAAUGGAAGAUCAAAAGUUACAAGUGUCCAUCAAAGUGCAGAACAUCAAAAUUAGUUUGAAGGAUAGUCUG